AAGAAGUUGGUUCCGCCAACCGGAUGUUGUACCACGUUACCUGGAGAAAAUAGAGACGUGGUGGAUGUAAAUAAACACCUUUUAACACCAGCGAACUCGUCUGUAGUAGAACCGCGGCUUCGAACGCGAAAAUGUUCAACAGACAAACGAGCCUGUGGAUGGGUGACUUGGACCCAUACAUGGAUGAGAACUUCAUCAAACAAGCCUUCAGUGCUAUGGGAGAGUCGCCAUGUGGAGUCAAGAUUAUCACUCACAGGAUAACAGGGGGUUCUGCAGGAUACUGCUUUGUGGAGCUGGCAGAUGAAGCAAGUGUCGAACGCUGUGUCCAGAGACUCAAUGGGAAACUGGUCCCCGGAUCAAAUCCGCCACGGAAGUUUAAGCUAAACUAUGCCACGUAUGGGAAACGGCCAGAGGCAGGGCCGGAGUUUUCAGUGUUUGUAGGCGACUUGGCGUCUGAGGUGGACGACUUCCAGCUGCACCAAGUUUUUAAGAAGUAUACUUCCUGCAAAGGAGCUAAAGUUGUCACUGACCAGUAUGGAUACUCCAGAGGCUACGGUUUCGUCAAGUUCGGGGAUGAGACCGAGCAGAAGAAGGCGAUCGAGGAGUGUCAGGGGACAAUGCUCGGCGGGAAGCCGCUCAGACUCAGCAUUGCUGUAGCAAAGAGCCAAAAGAUGAGCAGCUACCAGGGCAACCAGGGCCAGAAUUACUACAGCAACUACAACCAGUCUCAGCCCAGUUACUACGGCAACAAUAGUAGCGGGGGUUACUACCCCCAGUGGGGUGGCUAUGACCAGUACAGUGGCUAUAAUAGCAGUGGAUACAACAGCGGCUACAACACUGGCUACAACUACAACUAUGGUUCCUAUGGUUACCCUCCACCGGGUCACGCGGCGCCUCCACCUCCUGCAGGGCUGCCGCCCGUGGCUGGUGACGUGUCAGGAGCUGUGGAGCAGAGCCACGAGGGGACUGAGGACUUGGAGGAGGACAAUACAGAAGAUCCCACAGCUGGCUGUGACAUAGACCAGUGGAACAGAGAUUUCAUGCAGCGCAGCGAGGAGUUCUACGAUGCCAUGAUGAACUGUCACUGGGAAAGUCCAGACUCUCUCGAUUCUAUCGACCCCUCACUUCCUUCAUAACUACUUUUCUUUUCCCCCUUCCCUAACUCUCAAAUACUUUUAAUUUUUUUAAAUGGUUUUUCUACUCCUCAUAACUCAGAUUUUCUUAAGCGACACUGACACCUUGUAAAGGUCUGUUCAGUGUUCACUGUUCUGACAGUUGGUAGAGUUUUACUCAUUCCUCUUCUUCAGAUACUUAAAGUGCACAAUCAUUCACUGGAUUUUAAUGUUUACCAUGUUGGUAAUAUACAGACAUUUUGUUCAAAAAUCCAUCAUAGUUGCUGUGUUUAAUGUGAACUUUAAGGGAUGAAUUGCAGAAGGUGUAGCAGUCAAAUUGACGCCCUGUGUUAUUUCACCACCGGAUAAUCUCACAUGUUGUUUUGAAAUGGUCACACCAGCUAACUUUACGAAGAGGUCGUCUUGUGAAGACGGGAAUAAAACAAUGCCUUUAAUGUCAUUUGCCAUGUAGAUCAUUUUAAUGUGAAUACAAGCUAUCAGUUGGU